AUGUCCUUGGGUUUUGUCAAUUUCAGGGAAGGAGGCGAGACCUUCGGCGGAUUAUCAGGGAUGCUGCGUCAGAUUCUCUCGCCCUCACCCGAGAUCGGGGAGGCCGGUAUGUCCGUCAAUUGUAAUCUCCUACAGACUAACUCGAUAUUUUCGAACCAAUCGUCGAUGCUUUCGUCGACGUUGCUUCCCCCGCAUUUUCAAUCCGUGUGCCCGGACCAGUCUCUGCUUGAUCAGGUGCAAAUCUUUACUGAAUCUUAUCCGUGUCCUACGUGCGGGCUGGAGUUCCGAAGUACCCUUAAGCUAAACUACCAUAUACGAACAAGUCACGCCGCGCGUCCGGAAUUCGAGCAUGGUAUCGAGAAUCAGCCGCGGUACUCGUGCGCAAUCUGCUCGCGGACCUUCGUUGCUUUAAAUCACCUGAGGAUGCACGAAGUUACACAUUCUACGCCCAUGCCCACAUGCGCGUCAACCUCCGCCAAUCUCGCUACAUCGUCCGGUGGCAACAUGGAAAAAACAUUCGCCUGCGAUCUCUGCCAGGCCAGCUUUCGUUAUCGCACACUACUGGAACGUCAUCGGAGGAUGCACCAAGAGAUCGGCCAAGAGAAACCCUAUUCCUGCCCGAGAUGCCUGAUGCGCUUCGAAACGCGCAAUUUGUAUAAUCACCACGCGAAAACCCACAGACCGUUGCCGGCGAGUAAUGAAAAUCGGAUAGGCGCGGGUACAAAUGCGAUGUCGUCGCCUGUCGAUUCGGUGAUAACCGGCAAUCUCGGUGUUGUCGGUGGCGGUGCCGGCGGCGGUGGAAGUGGUGGACCUGUAAUCCCCGUAAUCAAGCCCCUACCUUCUUAUCCUUGUGACUCAUGUUCCAAGCAGUUCGCUACCGCCGAAUCGUUGACCACGCAUAAGGCGGUGCACAGGUCGCGACCGCUAGUCUGCGACGUAUGCGGUAAGGGCUUCACGCAUCGCAAGUAUUACGUGGUGCACCAGCGCAUUCACACCGGCGAGAGGCCGUAUCUCUGUGCCAUGUGCGGCAAAUCAUUCACGCAAGCGUCGACGCUCACCGUGCAUCGCCGUUAUCAUACGGGAGAGCGUCCGUAUACUUGUACGCUAUGCGGAAAGGGAUUUGUUACGCGAACGAUUAUGCUUAAUCAUAUGAAGAAACAUUAA